AUGAAAGGAAGUGGGGAGGGGGGGGUUUAUUCGAUCGCCUACGAAUUCUCAGGAUCACAUCAGCUGUUCACCGCUCAGGACCAGGCAGGGGGAGGGGUGGGGGAGGGGGUCCAGAGAAACAUUGGUCAGAUGCGUCCUCCUCACGGCAGCGUGACUCCCCAGAAGAACAGCAACCUUCUGGUCAUCAUCGUGGUCUCCGUCGGUGCCGUUACCGUGGUAGUGGUUGUCAUAGUAGCGCUGAUCUGCACCCGGCGCUCCUCCGCACAACAGAGAAAGAAGCGUGCCACCCACAGUACAGGGAAGAGAAAAGGUAGUCAGAAGGACCUGAGACCUCCAGACCUGUGGAUCCAUCAUGAGGAGAUGGAACUGAAGAACAUGGAGAAGCCUGCCAGCGCCGCCCCCUCCGGACGCGAUUCACCCAUCCAGGGUUCUAUCCAGGAUAUCAGGUCUCAGUCUGUCAGUCACAGCCAAUCAGGGAGCCAGAUGGGCAGUAAGAGCAGCCACUCAGGCGGAGACAACGAUGAGGCUUCCAGCUGCAUCUCAACGUUAGAGCGCUCUCUAGCUGACAGGAGGGCGACACGUACCAAGCUGUUGAUCCCCAUGGACUCUCAGCCUAGCAACACCAGUAAGUUAACAACACACACUGACCGCUAG